UCCUUUUGCGAGAAGUGUGCUCGCGCGCUUCAGCCUACAUUGAUUGGCAAGUUCACCGGCAACAAUAAACUGACGGUUGUCCUGUUCGAAUGAAACUGAUUUGAGAUCAUGUAUAGUAGCUAAUAUAAGAAAGCGAAUAGGCUACUUUAAGUUACAAUAUGGAAGUUUACAAAUACCCCGUUUUCUUCGAGGUUCACAGUCUGGAUCCAGCACAGAAAGAGAAGAUAGAGAAGUACUUUCAGGUUCGCCGUAAAUCUGGUGGUGGAGACUGCGGACCGAUACACAAUGUUGGUGACAACGUUUACAAGAUCGCAUUUAUUGACCAAGCAGUCCAGGAGAGGGUACUUCAGAAACCUAAUCAUGUGUUGGAGAUGCCUGGAGGACCUCUCUCCCUCACUCUGAGAGACAGCCUGGAGACUCCACCCACAACAACCUCCACAGUCAGCAGUCAGGAGAGUCACCAGUCCCUCCCAUUCCCUCCCUCCCUCCCUGUCCAGACAACGCCACCUGGUGGCCUAGAGCAUGAACUCCAUCUAGACUCCUACCUCCUGAGAUACCUGAAGGAGAGCCCUGGGGCUGGAAGAGACCUGCAGCAGCAGCUGUCCUCUCUGGGCUGCUCUGUCCACCUCCAUCCAGAGGACGGGACAGCAGUGGUCAGAGGCUCAGGCCAAGCUGGGUCAUGUGGAGAUGGGGUUGGGGUGGGACCAUGGAAGGCACAGGUAGAGAGGCUGUUCAAACAUCUCCAGGAGCAGCACAAAUGCCACUAUGAGGUAGACCCACGUAAGCUCCAGACUCUGCUGCAGAGCAGUACCCUGGGUUCAGAGGAUGUGAGGGUUUACUGCGAGGCAGGGGAAGGGUUUGCGGUGGUGGUUGGGGAGGAGCCCGAGGUCCAGGCCAAGCUGAAGGAACUGGAGGCCUUCCAGGGUCAGGGUCUGAGCUCCGGGAAGCAGGAGAAGAUCAGCACCACCUGUCGUCUGGGACAGUCCAAGCUCCGGCUUCUAGAGGAAGUUAUAGAGAAGGAUCUAGGUGAGGCUGUUCCAGGGGUGAGGGUGACGCGCAGUGACUCAUCUCAGCUGGUGCUGGAGGGUUCAGCAGGUGAAGUCCGGACAGCCAGACAGUUAGUUACAGAUAAGAUCUCUCUGGUGCUGGAGCGGGUGGUGCCUGAGAUGUCCCCCCACCUCCUGUCCUUCCUGAGGGAUGAGUAUGGGAGGCCUGGAAACCUGAGCAGUCUGCUGGGGUUGGGACUCCAUGUGGAGGUAGAGCUGGGGGAUACAGAGCUCCGUCUGUUCUCCCUCUCAUCUGGGAAACUGGAUCAGGUUGAGAAGGAUCUGCUGGGGGAGUUUGGAGAGGAGAAGAUCGAUGUGCCCAACUGUGGCACCCUGCCAUCUGUACUGAAAUCCAAGCUUGAGAAGAAGGUCAAGGAGAUGAACCAGAGCAGAUGCAGGGUGGUAGCCAGGUAUGGUCCUGGGUGUAGAGUGCAGUUGCUGGGCCACGUGAAGGAGGUUCAGGAGCUGAGGGAGGAGAUCGGGGCCUUUCUGAUAGACCAGUCCAGUGUGGAGGAGACAGUGUGUCUCCCUUACCCGGAGAUUGCUGACCACCUACCAGAACUGCUGGAGAGGAUUGGUGUGGAACACACUGGGGUGACCCUCUACCCCUCAGCCUCAGCCAUCCACCCCACUGUGGUGCUCUGUGGACCCUCUGUCCGGGUCGCCCAGGUUAGGGACAGGUUGGUACCUGCUCUGGCCUCCUUGGUCCACCAGACUGUGACCAUAGACCGGCCGGGGGCGCUACGCUACUUCCAGGGCCUGGGAAGGGAGUACCUGGGAGUGGUGGGCCGCUCUCAACACUGCCUCAUCCAGCUGCACAACCACGGUGGUGUUGCCGGCGAAGCUAGCGCCGGACCAAGACUGGAGGAGAUGGUCACAGCCACCAGCUAUCGCCUUCAGCGGGGGCUGCAGGUUGUGGUGCGUCAAGGUGACAUCACCAAGGAACGGGCGAAUGCGCUGGUGAACGCAGCCAAUGAGGACCUGGAUCACACUGGUGGCGUGGCUGCAGCUCUAAGCCGUGCGGGGGGGCCUGAGGUACAGCAGGCCAGCAGGGAUCUGGUUAGGCAGAUAGGGAGAGUGCCCACAGGUACAGUGCUAGUGACUACAGGAGGGAAGCUGCCUUGUAAGAUGCUGCUGCAUGCAGUGGGACCAGUAGGUGGCAGGGUAGGUGGGAAUGAGCGUCCUCUGCUGGAGAAGACAGUAAAGGCAGCCCUGGAUCUGGCAGAGACCAUGGAACUCCAGACCUUGGCCAUGCCCUGCAUCAGCUCGGGGAUAUUCGGUGUUCCUCUGAAGGUGUGCUCUGAGGCCAUAGUCUCUGCAGUGAGGGACUUUGGGAGGGAACAGCGCAUCCUUACCAAGGUCACUCUGAUUGAUGUGAGUGGAGAGGCAGUGAGAGCCAUGCAGGAGGCCUGUGAUAGGCUGUUACAGGGGAAGAGGGAGUUUCCUGGGUGGGAGGUAGAGUCCAGCACCACCACUACCACUACACAUGCUCCUCAGAGAGACACCACUGCUGCCUCCACCAGGGGACCAGUGGCUCCAGAGGUCUGUGUCCAGGUGGAGAUCAUCCAGGGAACCAUAGAGAAGCAGGAGGUGGAUGCGCUGGUGUCCCCCAUGGUUGGUAGCGACCCUCUCUCCUCCCGUAUUGGUAAUGUCUUGUCGUCGGCAGCUGGACCAGGGCUGAUGACAGCGUUUCAGAGGGAAUCAGGGGAACACACUGCACCUGGUGACAACGUCCUGGUGGAGGGACUGUCUGGUCUCAGCUCUGGCCGUGUCUUCUUCCUCAGCUGUGCACACUGGGACAACAACCUCCACGGACCAGCAGUACAGGCUCUGAGGCAAGGUGUGAGGAGAGUUCUAGCCUCUUGUGAGAUCCGGGGAUUCUGUUCUGUUGCCUUCCCUGUAGUUGGAACUGGUGUGGUUCUCCAGUUUCCUCACAACGUGGUAACACAGGUUCUGCUAGAAGAGGUCCGUAGGUAUGAACAGAAUCGAGCGAGCAGAACCCCCUUCCUUGUCCGCAUUGUCGUCCAUCCCAAUGACAGAGAUUCUACCAAGGCUUUCCAGACAUCCCAGAGUGCUUUGCAUGUCAGAGGGUUUGUAAUGGAUGCUUCUCCAGAUCAGACCUCCUUCUAUCGCCACGUCUCAACCACUCAGGACGAGGUCUCUGCCACGCUGGGCAGUGUCAAGCUACAGCUGGUCUUUGGCGACAUCAUCCGUGAGACCACUGAUGUCAUCGUCAACACCACAGACUUCUCAGCCAACCAUUCAGGUGUCUCCAAAGCUAUUCUGACUGCUGCAGGUUCCACAGUCCAAGCAGAGUUAGCACAAGUGGGUGUGCCAGGAGACUUGAUGUGCACCACGGGGCCCGGUGCACUGGGCUGCAAGGAGAUCGUUCACGUCAGCUUUAAAUGCGACACACAGAGGAUCAGCAAGGUCUGCGGGAAGAUACUGAAACAGUGUGAGAGAAAGGGCUACCGCUCAGCAGCCUUCCCUGCAGUCAACACUGGUGCUGCUCGGGCAGACUCUGGCUCUGUGUGUAAGGCCAUGUUGGACGGCAUGGCGUCAAGUGUGAGGGACUUGUCCCCCAACAUCCUCUCUGUCAUCCGCAUUGUCGUGCUGCAGAGACCCGUCUUCCAGGCAUUCAAGUCAGAGCUGGAGAGCCGACUGGGAGCUAUCGCUCCAAUCCCAACACUGAAAGAGAGAGCCCAACAGAUACUGAAGAAGAAACUGAGGAUCAGCUUUUCCUCCCCCUCGCAUGGCUCCCUUCCCCCUCCUCAUGCCCUUCCAGGCCUCACCAUCACCCCCUGGAGACCGCCCCCGGUGGUGCUGAGCGUGGUGGGGUGCGGGGCGGACGCCAUCAGGGGGGCCAGGCGGGAGCUGGAGGCCAUCUUGCAGAACCAGCUGACUCAGAGAGAUGUGAAGGGAGAGGACCUGUGCAUGCUGGGAGAGGUGGAGCUGCAGGCCGUGCAGAAGAAUGCCAAGGUCCUGGGAGUGAGCCUGGAGCUAGGUAGAGUUCAGAGAGCAGGAGGGGUGGAAGCUGGGGCUGGAGCUGGGGCUGGAGCUGCGGCUGGAGAGGUGUUUUAUGUUCUCCAAGGCCUGAAGGAGGACGUUCUGAGUGUGCGCGAGGUGCUGGACAGUGCGCUCAGUGGCGCCCUCCGUAGGGAGCUGCAAGAGAGAAAUGAGGCACUAAUGGCCCUCAGUGUCCAGUGGUCUAUGUGCAGGCAUGGUGAUGUUUGGGAGGAGCUGGGGAUGCAUGACAACUACCAUCUGGAGCAGGCACACCUAAGAGGAGAUGUCUCAGCAGAGUUGGAUGUCCCAGAUGGGAGCAAAGUCAGGGUGAACCUGAAGAACAACAUGGCCACUGACUGGAGUACGGGUUGCACCUAUAAGAUGAAGCGAGAGGAGAGUGCAAAAUUGCCAUCGUACUGGGAUGAUAUGGCCGCUGGUGAAACGCGGAAGAGAGUGCUGCUCUUGCCCACCUCGUCAGAGUACCAGGCGGUGGCACAGGGAUUCCAAAGCACCACGGCAACGCAAGUCACCAUCCACAAAAUCGAGCGUGUGCAGAAUGUAUUUCUGUGGCAGGCGUACGCAUUGUGUGAGCAGCGCAUCCGGGCCAAGAACGGAGCAGCGGAGGUAGGGGUAAGGAAACUCUACCACGGGACGGCAGCAACAACCUGUGACGCCAUUGAAUGUAAUGGAUUUGACAGGAGCUAUGCUAAUAUUACAGCACAUGGAGUGGGUGUGUAUUUUGCUGUGGACGCCAGCUAUUCAACCAAUCCCAGAUAUACCCCUCCUGAUGGUUCUGGGCACAGGCGUAUGUACGUUGCACGUGUCCUGACCGGGCGCUAUACCCUGGGUGACCGCUCCAUGAAGUUCACCCCUCGUCGCUCCCCCACAGAUUCCGCUGACUGCUAUGACAGUCUAGUGGACAACCUGCAGAGACCCAGCAUGUUUGUCAUCUUCCACGACGACCAAGCGUACCCAGAGUACCUCAUCACCUUCAUAUGAUAGUGGGCCUAUAUAAUGAAUUAGAAACCAUUCGUAAUCGUUUAUACGCAUUUUUGUUUUACAUGCAUGAAGGCAUUUAAAUGUUUUUGAGUAUGAUUCUCACUUCUAUCAUUAUAAUCAGCUGUCAUAAUCAUUCUCAUCACUAUAUCUAUGUAUCAUAAGGAUUGUCACAUUGCAUGUGUUCUGCUGCAGGACCUAAAGCAGUACAUAAUCUGCAGAGGUUAAUCAUUAAAGUGGUAAAAAAAUAUA